AUGAUGCGAUCACGGGGGCGAGGCCGAGGUGGCGCUGGCAGCGGUGGGGUGAAGAGGGAGCUGAAGGAUCGCAGCGCAUUCUGGGUGGCGCCACCGCAGUCCUUCGUGACUAACCGUCACGCUCCCACAGCUGUGCCGCACAGCCUCUCGGUGAUUGUGGUUGUGGAUCCAAACAUGGUUGAGCCAACGGCGUUCCUGCAGGACAUCGCGCCAAUCACAAUGGCUGGUGGAACCCGCAAAGAGGACGCUGUUUCGGACGGGGCAGGGAGUUCGACUCUGGUGGAGGAACGGGUCAUUCCGUCAUUUUUCAAGGUGCCUGUGUAUGUGUGGGAGGAUACGACGCUGCGAGAGAUACUGGAGGAAGUCCUGGCGUCCAGCGCGGCGGCCAGGCGUGUGCUGUUGCCCCCUGCUGUUGAUGCUACGUCCGACACCACACACCCGGUAGCAUCAGUUGGGGAUGGUCACGGGUCGUGGAAGUUGGCUGAGCAAGAGGAGGGAGGGAACGCCGAGGGGCUUUCCAAGGCUGGUGCUCGAGAAGGGGAGGGGGAUGAGAAUGGCGGUGCCGGGUGCGCACAGAAGGAGGACGACGACAAGAACCCCAGCGAUUCCCUCACCGAUGAAGAGCCAGAUGAGGGGCCGCCCGCUAAGCGCGAGCGCACGGAGGCAGGCAGAAACACUAAUAAUAAGGAAGGAGAAGAGGAAGACAAGCAGAAGGAAGAUGCACCAUUCACGCGGCGGGGUCGCAGACGUGGCAAUCGCCCACCCCCACUCUCAGUCGCUAAGGUGCAUCUUUCUCAUGUAUUCGUUGAUCCAUCCAGGAAGCCGCAAAUACGAGGUAUUACUGUUCUGCGCGUUGACAGGCCUGUAUUCCACACCGGGGACCACAUAACGAUGCAUGAGCUUCGCCUCACAAAGGGGGCUAGUCGCGGGUGGAAAACUGGGGAUUUGUUGGUGCUCGCACCAACCGUGCGGCAUCACAGGCCCACCGCUUCGGCGAAUGGUGGUGUGUGA